AUCAGAGAAAAUCACUGUGUGAAAAUUAGCUUAAACAGCAGGGACUGUUGAUCUUCAUUCACAGAUGUGGCCACAGCGUUCUCCAGGAGGAAGGAUGCCUGGGCCAGGCUCUGCAGGCGGCAUUCAGGGGCGUGAUGCCAGAGGGACUGUUGACCUUGAGAGAUGUGGCCAUAGAGUUCUCCCAGGAGGAGUGGGACUGCCUGGACCAGGCUCAGCAGAAACUAUACAGGGAUGUGAUGCUCGACAACUACAAGAACCUGGUCUCCUUGGGUUUCAGUGUCUCUAAGCCAGACCUGGUCAUCUUUUUGAAACAAAGAAAAGAAUCCUGUAAGAGGAAGAGAAAGGAAACAGUGGUCAUGACGCCAGCCUGGCGUGCUCUGGACUGUCACAGAGGGACCUGUUCUGCUGCUGCUUGUCUUGCUCCAGUCUGCUCGUGCAUCACACUGACAGGCUCGUCCAGAGUCCUCCCUGCUACCCACAAGGGAAUGCCUGUUAUCUCUGCUUCACUGUACACUUUUGGACCCUGGGACAAUCUGUGCAUGUGCUUCAGGGUUUUCAUACUGUAA